CUGUUGGGACUGAUAAUCUCGUCAGUAGGCAACUGAGAGGGUUCGCUCCUGACGGCACAUAGACGGAAGCGAAGCUGUUCAGUGCUGGCUUUGACUCCGACCAUGGCAAAAAUCAUCUUGAGGCACCUCAUAGAAACUCCAGUGCGCUACGAGGAGGAGUUUGAAGCUCGAGGUUUGGAAGACUGCAGGCUGGAUCAUGCUUUAUACGCGCUACCGGGGCCAACCACGGUGGAUGUGAGCAAAGCCAGGGCGGCCCAGGUGCCUCGGGUGGACUCAGUGGCGGAGAUACCGACCGAAGAAGGCAAGUCCCGCUUCCAGAUCCUGCUGGACGUGGUCCAGUUCCUCCCCGAGGAUAUCAUCAUUCAGACCUUCGAAGGCUGGCUACUGAUCAAGGCUCAGCACGGAGCCAGAAUGGAUGAGCAUGGUUUUAUCUCAAGAAGCUUCACCCGCCAGUAUAAACUGCCUGAUGGCAUUGAGACCAAAGAUUUGUCCGCCAUCCUCUGUCACGAUGGAAUUCUGGUGGUGGAAGUGAAGGAUCCAGUUGGGACUAACUGACAUAAAUUCCUGUUCAUUUGGCUCCAGGAAGAUGGCAGUACAGCCAAUGGUACCACCUGGAAUGUUUGUAUUAACCAUAUUUGAAAUGAUUUUUAUGAAGAUUAAAAGUAUAGACAUAGUU